UUCGCCUUUCGGGUAGAUCACUUUGGUGGAAGAGAGGCUGCUGAGACAGUGCGAUCGCACGGCAUAUACACCCCACAUUUAACAUUAAAAAACAACCGAAAAGAACCAACAAACUACCCCGCGCCGCACCACCCUGGCGCACUUAUCGCCCGAAACCUUCCCACCUCGGAAAAUAAAUGACCAGAAAAGGUCUCCAAGAAAUCAAACAUCGAAAAGACAAGAAGACGCGCAGCACGACCGGACGCCCGCCUCGGACGGGAGACACAGAUCCAGAUCCGGCUUCAACAGGACACACAGAUCCAGACCCGGCUCGGACGGGACGCGCAGAUCCAGACCCAGCUCGGACUCACAGAUAGGGCGCCGCCGCCUCCCCCUCCAUGCUUACGCUCACUAUGAAACCGGAGAUCACCGCCGCCGUCGGGUUCCUCUCUAGAUUCCUGCGUAUUAAGGGACAUGUGAACGACAGGCAGCUGCAAACUUUCAGCCAGUGCCUCCAGGACAUCCUGGCUGAGCAGUACCAGCACCACUGGUUCCCAGACCGGCCCUGCAAAGGCUCCGCCUACCGCUGCAUCCGCAUCAACCACAAGAUGGACCCACUGGUGGUCCGGGCGGGUCAGCGCAUCGGCCUUUCCAUCCAGCAGCUGUACUGCCUCCUUCCCAGCGAGCUCACGCUGUGGGUGGACCCCUUCGAGGUGUCCUACCGCAUCGGCGAGGAUGGCUCCAUCUGCGUACUCUACGAGUCCCAGCCAUCCCCAGCAGGAGGGCCCGCCCCCGACUCCGCCCCAUCCUCCCCGGCCAGCCAGCCGGGCGCCGGGGUCCUGCCCGGAUUGGUCGAUGGCCGGAUCAGCUGCAAGGAGGAGCUGCUGCUGGGGAGGACCAGCCCUUCCAAAGCCUACAGCAUGAUGACCGUGUCCAGCUAAGGGCCUCUCUGCCCUUUAGGGACCUGCCGAGAAGAAAGUGAAGAAAAGCUAAGGAUCUGGACUAUCACCCAGGGCAUGGGAACCUUCUCCUUUGUUAUCGUUUCUCCCCUCCUUUUGUUCUAUCGUUUUUGGUUACAGACUGGUGAGUGGGAUGUGUCUCUGUGGAGGGGGGUGGCGGAGUGCGUUGGGGCCAGUGUGUUGAGCGCGUGCACUUUCCAAUGAGCCACCUUGUGGAUAUACCCCAGCUGAAGAACCGUUGGGCUUGUGUGCAGGUCGGGGGGUGGGGUGGGGGGGUUUGUGAUUAGGGUAUCCCUCUAGGGCUGGCUGCCAACUAGCCACUCAAAGUUCUUUUGAGAGCCUCUGCUCUAACAGAUCAGUUUUGUGGACCAGACCAUCAUUUAUUUGCUGCUGGUACAGCCUGUGCCACACCCUCCACGUCAAAACGGCCAAUCUGACGUCCCAGAACGUGCCCUCCGUGUUGGGAUGUGCAGCCGAAGUUUCAGGCUGCAUCUAGUGCCCUGUCUCCAGUCUUGGCCAUCAGCUUUGAUCCGCCUGUGGUCGGCUUCCUCCGGCCUCCUGUCUUGAGGACGAUCCAGAGUUUUGUGCAGCUUGAUCUCACAGUUUUGUGCAGCUUGAUCUCCGAUGUUCUGGAUCCACGGAGGAGCGCAAUGUUCUGAGGGACCGCGUGUCUCGUUUCGCUUGAACCUAAAUGCACUUCGACAUUUAGAUUAUGUGGGAUGUACGUUUCAGAGAUGAUAUUUUUAUUAAUGACCGCAUUCCAUUUUCUACGAUGUCGUGUUUUAUGGUGGGUUUGUGCCCUUUGCUCUGGCUGAGUGCAUUGUGACUCCUCUGUUUACCUGGUGAGCUUCUGCGAUCUUAAGAGUUCCUGCAGUGCUGGAGGUGCUUUUGAGCUGGAUGUCGGCCCUCCUGAGGUUUUGGAUCUUUUAUAUGGAUUUUUUUCAUCAUCACUGCCAAAGGGGGGUUUUUUUUUCCACCACAAUACGAGUUCUGGCCCAGCACUUAGUCCUUACUCUGAACCCCCCCCAGCCCACCCCCACCAAGCUUACCUAUGAGUUACAGUUUAAAUGUUGGACUCUUCCCUUGCUAUCAUUAGUCAGUUUGCAUUAUGAAUUUCAAUUAUUUGGUUAGUGCUCUGUGUGGGUGGGGGGGUUGCAGCUCGAUCUGUUCCCCUGUCCUGACUCCCCCUCCCCACCAGCUACUGGUAUCAGCGAGCCCUCUCUGAUCAAACCAUAAUAACGUGCCUGAUCACUGAUCCCAGGGCACUGAGGGGAGGAAGGUAUUGUCUCUUCCCUCUGCUGAUUGGGUGAGAACCUUGAGCCAUUUCCUUCAUGGAAACAGCCAAGUCCCCCGCUCCCCGCUCCUCUUUCCUGCCCCCAGAGCAUGCUGCUACAUAUCAGUAGCCCGCCCCCUCCGUUCUGGUGCCCGGGAUCUCGGUCGAUCUAUGGCAGCUAUGAAAACGCCCGACCUGGGCCACCAUCGAGCCUGGCAGUGGCGGGUCGAGCCAGCGUGUGCACCGGUCGUGCUCCGGGGGCAGGAAACGGGUUGCGUGAACAAGGAGGCAGGAUUCAGUUCAUCGUAAACGCCCAUCUGCUGGAUAGUUCGUAACGGAAUUUUUAAACGGCCCCUAAAGUCGUUUUCGUGGAUCAUGCACCGACGUUGCCCCAGGUACCAGCCGCCAUGCACGAUUUUUAUGGCCCAUUUCUCCAUAAAAUCCUGUCCUCCGGCCAUAAUUCCCACACCCCCACCCCAAACCACACUCACUUCCAAUUUCUUGUUUCACACAAGCUGUGGAGAAGGUGUUUGGCACAUAAAAUGCACUAAUCUUCAAAGUUAGGGUUCGGUGAAGUUUUUCCACGAGUCCAAAAACACACCUCCAAAGCCUUGAGAAACACGGAAUCCCUGCCCAAGCAUGAAACCAGAAGGUGUGUCACCCGGCAAGGACCAGGGCUUAGGGUGCCGUAUGUAGUUCCCCGAUGGCAGAAAUGCCUGAUUUUACAGAAAGCAAUGUUGUGACAUUUCUGUUAGAUUUGUGUAUCGCGAGGGAGGCUGUGUCGAUGGGUGACCCAGUGAGGCCAGGUCAUUCUCCAAACUCUGGUCAUAGACUAUUAUCCUUUUGUUUUAUUCAGUUCUUACACAAAGCAUAAGAAAAUAAUAAUAAAAAACAACAAUCUAAGUGGGUAGGCCUGCCCCAUGUCCUGCUGCCAGAACACUCGGCUUCCCCGGCCUUGUAUCAUGAUGAACUGCUGUAAAUUUGUACAGUUCAUGUAAAUUGAUUGUGAGGAGGUUGUACAGAUUUCUAUAUUUUGGAAGAUUUUUUUUUCCUCUCUGUAAUAAAAGAUUUCCUAUCUUGGCA